AUGGACCCACCCCAUCAAUCUGAUCGUGGAACGGAAGUCAAGAGCGACGACACCAUGUCAUUGCCAGAUCCGCAAGCGAAAAAGACUCUUGCCGUCUUCUACAAACCGAUCGUUGUCUCCGCUGACUUAACGACAUGUAAAACUCUGGAAGAUGUCGACAAAGCAGUUAGAAGCCAACCAGAGUUUGAGUCUUACGACGCUAAUGUCUUCAAAGACAUACACUGCACUCGCCUUGCGGACGGAACUCCGUUCACCUGCGAAGAGCUAGGACUCACCGACAGGGACUGUUCUAAAAGACAUUUCCCGGCCCUCACCAUCACACCACGCCCACCACCCGAAAGAUAUGACGUCCAUAUCUAUCACAUACACCACGGAGAUCUCUCCGAUAAUUCCAUUACCUGUACAGUCAACGUAGCGUGUGAGGACACAGUCGCUAGAUUGCAGGAAUUGGUAGAGGAACGCACUGGAUUUGCAACUGACUCUCAAAAAUUGUACUUCAUGGGCGAGAAGCUGUUACCAGCCGACCAUAUCCUUGCGCACAAAAUCAUCGCGGGCUCGCGUGUUCUGCUCAUGGUCGAAGUUGCGCUCUACCUCAAAUACUACGAAAUGUCGACUCGGAUGGUCACCUUCUCACAUACACCGCUCUACGGUAUACUGUCGUCCUUUGCUAAUGACAAGCGACUUGACCCGGCAACUUUACUCUUCCAGAUUAUCCAGGCUUCUGGAGAUGCAAGUCAAGAAUCUCAAGCGUGGCUGCCAGACAGGACUCGGCUCUUCGGCGUAGAGGAAGCUAAAGGCACGAUAUGGCAAAAUGGCUUUCGGGAUGGAGAUGAGAUCCGGGUGUUUGAGCUGAACAAGAGGCCCACCACCAAACGAGGUCUUGAAGGAAGCCAAGAGACGACCCAGUCUACUAGGAAGAAGAGGCGUGCUGCUGCAUCGACGACAGGACUUUCCAAAUGA